GACCCCACGUGCUUUCCCCUUUCUCUCUCGUCUCUCCUCUGUAUAUGUAAACUACUUCCUCAAAGAUCACUUCUUCUUCACUUUUCUCUCUCCUCUUUCUAUUUAUAGCACUUACUCCCUUUACACUCUGAUUCUCACGCACGUAAUCCCCUCAAUUAUUACCAGAAACCAUUAUUAUGCAUUUCAUUCUCCCUCCCUUUUCUUCGUAGAUUCUCCUUUUUUUUCCCUCAAAAUUAAAAUCCAAUUAAAUUGCAAAAAGAGGACUUAAAAUUUUGCCAAAAUGGAAAAAUACGAGGUAAUGAAGCAAUUAGGAGCUGGGAAUUUUGGAGUUGCAAGAUUAAUGCGUCUCAAAGAUACCAAAGAGCUCGUUGCCAUGAAAUACAUCGAGCGUGGCCAAAAGAUUGAUGAAAAUGUGGCAAGAGAGAUUAUCAACCACAGGUCGCUUCGUCACCCUAAUAUUAUUCGAUUUAAGGAGGUGGUUUUGACACCAACCCAUCUUGGAAUCGUGAUGGAAUAUGCUGCUGGUGGUGAGCUUUUCGACAGAAUUUGCACUGCUGGUCGUUUUAGCGAGGAUGAGGCUAGAUAUUUCUUCCAGCAGCUGAUCUCAGGUGUUAGCUUUUGCCAUUCCAUGCAAAUUUGUCAUAGAGAUUUGAAAUUGGAGAACACGUUGUUAGAUGGAAACCCGGCACCCCGCCUGAAGAUAUGUGACUUUGGUUAUUCCAAGUCGUCUCUUCUGCAUUCAAGGCCUAAAUCCACGGUAGGGACUCCAGCAUACAUAGCACCUGAAGUACUUUCGAGGCGAGAAUAUGAUGGAAAGUUGGCAGAUGUGUGGUCUUGUGGAGUGACCCUGUACGUUAUGCUGGUUGGAGCAUAUCCCUUUGAAGACCCGCAGGAUCCAAAGAACUUCAGAAAGACAAUUACUAGAAUCAUGGCGGUUCAAUACAAAAUCCCAGAAUAUGUUCACAUAUCACAGGAUUGCAAGCAUUUGCUUUCUCGUAUCUUUACUACCAAUCCAACAAGGAGAAUAACCCUGAAAGAAAUCAGAAACCAUCCAUGGUUCUUAAAGAAUCUCCCAAAAGAAUUAACAGAACAAGCUCAAGCCUCCUACUAUCAAAGAGAUAACCCGAGCUUCGCAAAUCUACAAAGUGUGGAAGAGAUAAUGAAAAUAGUGGAUGAGGCAAGGAACCCUGUUCCUAUCGCAAAGGCUGUCCCUGGAUGGGAGAAUGAGAAUGAAGACGAUAAUGAUGAAGAUGCAGAAGAAGUAGAAGAGGAGGAUGAAGAGGACGAAUACGACAAGACAGUGAAACAAGUUCAUGCAAGCGGAGAGUUCAUUAUCAGUUAAGUUAAGCUUGCAUUAUUGGGCAUUGAAUUCAAGUGUACGUGUUUUAUAAAAUUUCUGAUUAUUGAAUGUGCAUAGCCAGCAUAAGCUACGUGCUCCGGAAGUUAAAACGAUUCAAGAUGUUUGUGGGUUUUUAUAACUUUGUACUGUUAGUUUGUAAGAAUAGGAGCACUAGAAAUUGGCACUAUUUAAUAUUUAUAUCCUUGAUUAUUGUUAUUGUUCAAGUGUAGUAUUUGUUUCAUGUGGACACUGUCACAUUCAAGUGUUAUAAACUACUCCGUACUAUACAUUGUAGUAUUAGUAGACUACGGAGUAGUAGUUUCUUUAAAACAGAGACUGUAUGUAUAUCAGUAUAUGGGUUUUGUGUUGA